AGGAAACGCUUUGGGGAGGUCGUGCGCGAGGGGUAACGCGUUUGUGUGGAGACCUUGCGGGAUACACACAGCACGAGCACCGAUGGAGCGAAAGGACAAUUAGCUAUAGUCCUGGGGAAAUACGCAGAAGCAGUAUUCCAUGUCUCUCCUUUGCCCUGUUAUUGAUGGGAAACCAACUGGACCGGAUCACACACCUGAACUACAGAGAGCUACCCACCGGGGAUCCAUCCGGAAUCGAGAAGGACGAGUUGCGUGUUGGCGUGGCAUAUUUCUUUUCAGAUGAGGAGGAAGAACUGGACGAUAGAUCCCAGACGGAUAGCUUUAAAGACAACAACAGUCCGAGCAAAGACGGUCCGGUAGUGCUCAAUGAGAUCGAGUACUCGGCGUUCUGCUGCCAGGAAUGUAUCUACUCCAAACUGCGAGAGAACGAGGACCUGAAUGUUUAUUCGGUGAAAACUUUAUUAACCAUGUGCAAACCCGGAGAUCUAUUGGAGUUAGUGGCCAACGCGCAAGCCCCGCACUGGGCGAUAUUUGAAGCUGAGGACCAGGUUAUACACCUGUACAAGGGGGAGAUCCGCAAAGACAGCUUGUUUGAGAUCAGCUGCGGUCGGCAGGGCAGGAUAGUAAACAAUCGGUACCGGUACCGGCCGCUGCCCGCCGAUUUGGUGAUGCAAAACGCGAGUGGGCACAUGGGGCUCAGCAGCGGCGAGAUUUGCUGGACGAACUCGGAAAGUUUCGCUGCCUGGUGCCGUUUCGGCAAACGGGAGCUUAAAGCGGGCGGGGAGGCGCACUCGGUGGAGCAGCGUUACUUUCUGAAGGUGCACCUGUCCGAAAGCACCGUGCACACGCUCAUGUUCCGCAGCCUCGAGGAGAUGAUGCGAGAGAGACGGCGGGUGGACGCCAGUGGGAUUCUGACGGAGCUGUCGUUGGUGAACGGAAAGGAAUGAGGGGGAUUUCGUAGUAUCGUCGUGGACCGAAUGGGACUCUGCAUGCCUUAUACAAGGGCAUCGUACCUUUAUGUCAAGACUUUAAGAGGGCUGUGCGUAUUUGUGUGAAAAUGUGGAACAUUUUGGCAAAGACAACGCCCCGUCUGGGUAUGGCGUGAGAACCGACCGUCCCACUUAAGUCAUCCUGUACCUUUUAAAGGAAAAAGAUUAAAAAUAACAAUAAGGUGAGCCCUCACCACAGAUCGCCCGUGACCGCUCCACUGAAUUCGCACCCGAGCCCUAUAGACCUUGGUGCGCGCUGCGGCACAUUUUGCAUAAGGAGCCAGGAUGCAUUAAAUGUAUUGUCUUUUACUGAAUUCCAGAGCUUUAAUAAUAAACGCGAGCCGUGGAGCUCCGUUAUUGAGCAUCUGUCCAGCUGAAUUAGUUGAAAACCGAUCCAAACACUCUCUCCAAACCUCUACUGGCGGCAACACGCGAGCCAUUGUUUUCAUUCUGUUACCAACAAACGCGGCAAACAUGCUUUUGUUUUUGAAAUCCAUAUUUUUGUAUUUCAGUUAGUACCUUCAAAAAUUGUUUUUAUUGAAAUAAACGUAGAUUGCCCUAUGAAAAUCUUUGUUUUGGUCUCUAGCUCUCUCUAUUGUUUUGCCUGCGUAAAAUGCCAGAAGCCAGCACGUGCUUGGAAAGCCAGCCUCAUGCAAGUUCCUAAAUGAUGCAUUAUGAUUCACGUAUUAACUCACUGUGCUGUCCACAGUAUCGACCAUUCCCUUUUUUCAUUCGGGGGGAUUUAUUUAUGCCAGCAGGGAGGUCAUUUGUUAACAUUGGUGCAUUAGCAUGCCCUAUGGGGAGUUGUUGAUGCAUGGAGACACGGUGCUUUUGUCCCUGGCUAUUGUUGAUGGUCAUUGGUGCUUUCUAACCUUGAUUGUUUGGAGACAUUUGGGGUGAAAGUCGUGAUGGUUGAAAAACCUGCUGUGUCAGAGACAUUUCAUUUUAUGUAUAUAUAGCACAUAUCCAAUUUGUAUCUGCACUGCUUGUGGUCCAAAAAUCAUACAUCCAAAUGAACUGCAGUCUAUAUUAUAUUAUAUUUUUUUGGCUGCAAGGUUUGCAUUAGGCAACGGGAGAGCUGUGUGUGUCUGUGCGCAUAGACACUCUCCGGCACCAGUAAAUAUGGUCAUGCUCUGUUUGUAUUCCUAUUAGGGGCUGUAGACUGCAGCUGGGAUCAGUUAUGCUUCAUGUUCAAUGGGGCUUGAUUGGCCCGCAUUUCCGUGUGGCUGGACCCUUUACAGAGCUCCUGCUUGCCAACAAUAACAAGUAAUUCUGAAAAUCACUUUACACCUAAAGAAAGGCUGUUCAUGUUUAGGUUUGUGCUUUAUUAGAACUGCAGGUUAAAUGUGUGUUGUAAAGCACAGUGUAAUUACCAGCUGUGGGGUUCUACACAUUGAAGCUCAUUUUUAAUAUUCUGCCUAAACUGGUGAAAUUGAACAAAAUGUGACAUAUUUUUGACAUUCUGAAAAAAGAACCUCAUUUUGUAAUCUGUGCAGUUUGUAUUUGUAUUCAUUUCAUAUACAUCACACACAUCUCUUUUUCUUUGUGAUGUAUGUGUGGGGACCCCCCCCUUGGGGACCAAUUCGACAAAAUUGUCCUAUGUGGACAUCUGGGAUGUUAUCUUUUUUUAAAAUAAAUUUGACUAUACAUUUUUGAUUUGAUUAUAAAAAUGCACAGAGUUUUGUUAGCAUUCAUCUUUAUUAAUUGUAAUUAGAUGCAUACAAUAAUGUUUGAUGGUAUGUCACCAUUUAGUUUGUAAAUUUCUAGUAAGUGUGUGUGUGUGUGUGUUUAUCUAUAAUGAGUCCUCAUCAUACACAACAUGUUGUGUCAGGUGUGCCAGUCUGAGCCGUUAAUAUGAAAAGUGGAUGAAAGCAAACAAGUGGAGCAGGUUUCUAAGGGCAUGGGAAAGAUUGCACACCAACUGUCAGAUGUGUUCCAUUGAAGUUACAGGUUUGGUCUUGUUAGUGUGCGCUUUGACACGGUACUGACAAGUGCUGUUGAGAAAUACCAGACUUUCACACAAAUUUAUUGUCCUGGUCCGUAACACGUCAUCACCAUUCCAUCUCCGCCACAUUGAAUCUCUAAGUUCAUCAAAACAUUUUUGGUACCCUCUUCCUGGACAUUUCUCUCAUUUGUAAAGAAAUGCAUAGUUACCACUAGCACUACCAUGCAUCUGUGAAAAAUACAAUCUGUUACCUGUACUGGUUUCUAUUUGCAAUGAGAUUUUAGGAUAGUAGGCCAGCAGGCUAUAUGUGGAGAAUGAGGCCAAAAAGGAAAGCGCAAUGGGAGUAGAUGUUGCCAUCAUAAAAUGAGGAGAAAAUCUUUAGCCUGAACAAAGUCUGUCUCUCACUGGUAUGUCAUAUGUGUACCUCCCGUGUCUUGGUGUAUGUGUUUUUGUCACACUUCAUAACCUGUUACUGGGGAAACCUAAGCCAGUCAUUUAGAUGUGCCUACUGAAUAUCGUUUUACUCGAAGCCUGGGGAGAGAAUGAAUGGAUAUCCAACCUCUUUAACGGAGAGCUUGUUGUUUUUUGUGUUGAUUAAACCACUAAGAAUAACACAUUUGCUGCUGCUGCUAUACUGUGGGAGAAUUACGCGUAGCAUCUGU